GGUCCUGUAAACUGAAAGAAAAUGCAGGGGCAGAGUUGGACAGAGUCCCAAUUGGUGCUUUUCAAAAGGCAGGGUUAAUUAUUAGCUGCAGGAUAUGCAUGUUUGAGUUGAUACGCAUUUUUUCCCUCAGAACCUCCACACCUACCUCUUAUCAAGGGAAAGGAAGUGGCCUUGAGCUUCCUCAAAGGGUCUGCUGCAGAAAAUACUUGGAAGGAAACUCUUCUAAGAGAUUUUGCUUCUUUUUGGCUGUUCUUGCUCCUGGGAUUAAAACAGAAAAAAUGGCAGGCGUAAGCAGCUGUAUGAAAUACUCUAUGUUCUUUUUCAACUUCUUGUUCUGGGUAUGUGGAUGCAUUAUUCUGGGAGUCUCUAUAUGGCUGCGUGUAAGCAAAUCAGGUCAAGGGGAAACCAAUAUAGACACUGGCAGCCUGCUUGCGGGUGUCAAUGUCCUCAUCGCCGUGGGUUCUAUUAUCAUGGUGCUUGGUUUCCUGGGUUGUUGCGGUGCCAUGAAGGAAAGCCAGUGCAUGCUUCUCCUGUUCUUCAUUGGACUACUAGCAAUCUUGCUUCUCCAAAUCGUAGCAGGCAUUUUGGGAGCAGUCUACAAAUCUCAGGCUAAAGACACUUUGAAGACUAGUAUCAACUCAUACACUGCUAAUCUGCAAGGUAACUCACCUGCUGAUCGAGAAUUCCAGGAAACUUUUCGCAAAUUUGAAAAAGAGAACAAAUGCUGUGGUUUGUUUGAGGGGAAGGCAGAUUGGGGGACAACUAAAGGAGGCUGUGAAGAUGGCAACGAAACCAAGUUCUGUGGAGAUGUCAUCAUUGAUUUUUUCGAGAACAAUAUGAUCAUAGUUAUGGGAAUAGCAUUUGGACUGGCAUUCAUUGAGGUUCUUGGUAUGGUGUUUUCAAUGAGCCUCUACUGCCAAAUCCAGAGAAAAUGAAACCAUUGAAGUGUCAGAACUAUGUCACUAGCCAGAGGAGAAACCUUUGUAGAUUGAGAGAUUGAAGUUUGGUUUGGCACCUUAGAGCAAAUGCCAGAAGCAACUGCUAUGAUAACAGCCGAAGCACUGAUGGAUAAUGAUUAUUUUCAUGCAUUGUGAAAUAAAAAUCUGUUUAAAAUUAGGGAAA